GCUAGGAGGAAGCUGUGCGGCCUAUCCAGCGCUAGGCGGGACCAAGCAUGGCUCCCCAGCGGGUCAAUGCCCCGCCGGCUUCCCACCCAGAGCUUGAUGGCCCGCCCCGCCCCAGGGCAAGGUUUCGAUUCCCGAGGAAGCCCCGCCUGGCUGCACUGCAGAACGGGCAGCGGUGGGCACUACGAAUGGCUAGCUGGACGCCGGGAGCACCGGGCCACUCAGAGCCCGACGGGGCGCGUGGCUGGCGCUGCCCGGAGCACAGCGAACGCCUGGCCGAGCUCUUCUGUCUGCGCUGCGGCCGCUGCGUGUGCGCCCUGUGCCCGGUACUGGGUGCGCACCGCGGCCACCCAGUGGGCCUGGCGCAGGAGGAGGCGGCGCGCGUGCAGAAACUCAUCCAAGACUGUUUAGAGCAUCUGGCAAUCAAGAAACAGCAGCACACUGGUAACAUAGCCCAGAUAGAAGAUGCCGGGGAACGGCUGAAGGCUCACGCAGAGGCAAGUAAAGGCUGGCUGAGAGAGAAAUUCACACAACUCAGAUUACUCCUUGAUGAAGAGGAAGUACUGGCCAAGAACUUCAUCGAUAAGAAGACACAGCUUGCUCUCCAGGAUUACAGCGAACAAGUGGAGUCUUGUGGGAAGGAAAUUGAAGCUGUGGAUGAUCUGUCCAACAGGGUUUGGGCCAUCAGCCAGGAGUCCAACCCUGUUCAGCUGCUACAGGCAUAUAUAGCCACCAAGCCAGAGAUGGGGCAACAGAUGAGCUCCACAGAGCUGGGCCACCCUAUGCCUCUGUCCUUCGAGCCUGUCAAAAUCUUUUUCAAGGACUUUGUGGAAGCCAUACAGAACGCCUUACAGACGCCAAUGGACACUCGCCUGAAAGACAACAUAAGAUGCCAGCUCUCAGGCUUCCCCAGCACCAAGCCAGGCACUGUGCUGAAAAUCAGUCUCUCACCGGAGAGAUCUCUCUUCUUGAAAUACGCGCGCACGCCCUCGCUGGAUCCCGACACCAUGCAUACGCGCUUGCGACUGUCGUCGGACGGCCUGACGGUGCGCUGCGCGUUCCUGGGCCGCCUGGGGUCGCCGCCCGCGACGCGCUUCGACGCGCUCUGGCAGGUGCUGGGCCGCGACUGUUUCGCGGCCGGCCGCCAUUAUUGGGAGGUGGACGUGCAGGAGGCGGGCUCGGGCUGGUGGGUGGGCGCAGCCUACCCGUCCCUGCGGCGCCACGGGGCCUCGGCCGCCGCCCGCCUGGGCUGCAACCGGCAAUCGUGGUGCGUGAAGCGCUACGACCUAGAGUACUGGGCCUUCCACGACUGCCAGCGCAGCCGCCUGCGGCCUCGCCGCGACCCCAGCCGACUCGGCGUCUUCCUGGACUACGAGGCGGGCGUCCUGGCCUUUUACGACGUGACUGGGGGCAUGCGCCACCUGCACACCUUCCACGCCAACUUCCAGGAGCCGCUCUACCCGGCGCUGCGGCUCUGGGAGGGGACCAUCAGCAUCCCCCGGCUGCCCUAGGCUUCCGAGGGCCGGUCCCCAGGCGUAGCUGGGGGCCACAGUGCUAGUUUGAAAGGUGGAUGCCUCUCAUCAGUUUUCCAGACCAGGUACAUACACGCCACCGCCUUUAGUGCAGGUUCCUUAAAGGGACACCCCCACGGGCGAGAGGUCUUAGCCAGAACGCAGAGCCUUCACGGCCGUGCAGCGCAUACAACACCCCCACCCCCGACAGCAUGUGUGACUGAAUCGCCCCCCCAAAGUGGCCCUUCAUGUCAGGGGCCCCUUUCAUCCACCUGUUCCCCAGCAACUUCAGCUUGCCCCUCCCUCCAGAGAUUCUGUAAGGAUUCCUCCCUUCCUACUCUGUACCUUCUCCUUAUCUCCUACCCUAAAACCAGGGUGAGCUACCUGUAAAUUCUCUUGGUCUUUUGGGAGUAGAAGGAGUUUCCCAGACAGUACAAAAACAAAACACGAAGCACACUUUCCCUUCGCUUCAGGUUUUUCUAGUUUGACUUUUGAGGACUUCCACGAAGCUCCUGUUGGUCUUUUUCAGAGAUGUUCCAGCCAGAAUCAAGUCCACAGUUGCACCUCUGAGCUUUGGUGGGCCCCCAAUAAAUAGGAAAACCGCCUCUUUGGCCUGUCUGCCUUUCCCCCAGGUUUACCUGCAUCAGGAAGUCUUCUCCAAGCCACACACACAAAAGCAAUGAAUGAGUGACCACUGGCUACUCAGAAUGGGCUGACCUUACAGAUCAUCCUACCCCACUGCCAUACAUUUGGGGAGACCAUAGCUCCAAGAGAGCUGUCUUAAAUGCCCUUAGUGACUCAGAGCUCAGCUAGGCCUGAGCCUAGAUUGUCCACCCCCACCUCACCAGUGUCUGACUUGCCCCUGCCCAGCCGUUUGGGCCCAGGUUUCCACCUGGGAGAUUUGACUCUUAAGAUUAGGUAUUGGAAAAGAAUCAGCUCAUGACUGUUGGCUAAGCAACCCAAGGUUGAAUAGGGUCUGCAUAGCUCCAGUCAUCCCUGUUCCUCCCAUCCCUCAAAUCCAGGCCAGUUUUCUAGAACAAAGUGACAGAAAUCAAGGGGGUCAAAGGAGCAGCACCUCCUUUGGAGAGACUAGUUCCUUUAUGAGGGAGAGCUCCAGGUAUCCACGAUUCAGUUCAGAAGACUCAACAUGCUACUGGUCAGUUCCCUGGUGGUUAUGAAGUCAGGUUGCAUUACAGCAUCUUCUUGGGUGCUUGGCAAAAGGCCCUGAGAGGUGAGGAAGACCCAAAGCCCAAUCCCCUUUCUGUUUUAAAGACUAUUAGCCAGGCUUGGUGGCGCACAGCUUUAAGCCCAGCACUCGGGAGCCAGAGUCCAAGGCCAGCCUGGUCUGCAUAGUUCCAGGACAGCUGAGGCUACAGAGAGACCCUGUCUCAAAAAGACCAAAAAAAAAUAAGAAGACUGUAUUAUCUAUUUUGAACCUUAGAAAACUGCCAAGCCAAUAGUGUUAGGCUUUUAAAUAGCACUUUAAUACGAGGGCAUCCCAAGUAAAAAAUGAGGCAGCAGAGGGCCUCAUUCUAACCAAAUAAAAACCCGAGCUGGGUAGACAUCUAAGGCACUAAUGCCCUAGGAAUCCUGAGUGAAGAGAAAGCUGAGAAUGGCUCCAAGGUUAAUCCUGACAGGAUAUUCUUACAAAAAUGUCAGGUAUACAAUCACACAGACCAGGAGUGAUUCCCACACCCGCCAACGCAGGGGCCAAGCCAUGGUGGCUCUUAUGAUUGUAUCAGGCUCUGUCACAUGUAGUCAUCCAACUAUACUCACUUGGAGGUGUAAAACAAUCCACCUGCACGAGGCAGAAUGGAGACUCAAAUGAGUUGAUUGCCUGAGGUGACAGCUGCAUUGGUCCGUGCUGUCCACCAGACUGUACUGUGGGGACCUCUUACUGCCGCAGUUGCUUUUUUCACUGCUUACCCAGGAGCUGAUUCUACUUCUGGAUUACUCUCACGGGGUUCUGAAAUGAAACCUUAUACCCAAGGUAGGCUUGUUUGGAGUCUAGGAUUCGUGCAACAGAGAAAGCCGGUAGACUAUAAAGUAGGAGGGCUGGUUCUGGGCAAGGCCUGUGCUAGCCAGAAAGCUAGUUUCACCCCAUGACCAGUUGUGUGGCCUCAGGCUGGCUUUCUGUUGGUGGCUCCAUAUGUAAAAUGUGGGUAAAUGACCCUAAGUUGAGCCAGGAAGCUCAACUGAGUCAGAGCUUAGGAAAUUGCCUUAAAAACUAUAGUGUAUCAGACUAGGAUCUAUUAGCAUCUCUAAGGGAGGUCUCCUCUAUCAGUGUUGGACAGCUGAUACCCAGCUAAUGAGUAGUGGCUACUCUCAGUGCAUCUCCUUGGGAUCCAAGUCCAUAAAGUACUAAGUAUCUUAUGCUUUUGUAGAAAUUCAUUGAUGAGGUAAAUCACAAAUUGUUUCCUUUGUAACCCAUGGCCUUGCACAUGACAAGCUCUAUCAUUGAGCUACAUCCCAGCCCCAGCAGUUUGGUUUGGGGGUGUUUUGUUCCCCCUUUGGUAAUAAGAAACAAGCUUAGUGAAGACCAGCCCUGAGGGAAAUGGAGGACACCUGUCUCAAAUCUCUAGUUACCAGGGCCAGGGAUUGCAAAGGACUAUUACAGAAUGCAAGGGGUUCCUACAAAACAGUAAAAAAAAAAAUCACUGGGCUAGGCAAGGGCUGCUCUCCAGUGUGUUCUCUCCUAGACCACCCAGGGCCAGCCUCUGCGAUCUGCCAGAUACUUUGACUUGUUUUGGAGUUUUGAGUUCAUGGCUGGCUGACACCAUCCCAGCAAAUGUUUUUGCUUUUGUCUUUGAGAUAGGGUCUCUGUAGACCCAACUGGUCUGAAAAUCACUAUUGUAGACUAGGCUAGCCUCAAUUCACUGAAAUCCAGCUGCCUCUGCCUCCUGAGUGCUGGGAUUAAAGUAUGCACCACCACAACCAGCCUAACAAAUAUUUUUAAAUAACUUUCUAAUAUGUGGUUUAAUAUGAACAUUCUCCCUUGUAACUGUGUUCAUUGGGAGUUUGUGUUGCUUCAGUAGGUGCAUAGCUUCCAGGCCUAGAUAAGACCUGGUUCCCCUCCCAUCCCCUUCACAGCUUUCUUGCAAAAGCCAGCUGUCCCCAGUCAAAUCUUCCAGUGAGGGGAGUUUGCCACUAGUGAAGAUAACAAGUUAUAUUUUAUCUUGUGGGUAUGUGGGCCCCUUAAGUACCAUGUGCGCAUGUGACGAUCAGAAGAUAACUUGGGGAGUCAGUUCUUUCUACCAUGUGGGUUCCAGGGAUUGAACUCAGGUCAUCCAGUCAGGGUUGCAAUUGCCUUUACCUGCUGAGCUAUUUUGCUGGCCCCUAAGUUCUAACAUUCAUGGAAGCAACCCAACUCCCAGCUGUUCCCAUUCACAAUGGUAUUAUGGAGCUUUUGGCACAUUUGUGGUCAUCCUUUAGCACCAUAGAAGCCAUGUGGCCCACAGCUUUUAGAGAUUUCAGGGGCUCUCCUUUCCCUAUGGUGUCAUUUCUUCUGCCUAUAAUUCUAUCUCACAUGACAUUGGCCUCAUGAUAGGGACUAGGAGGCACUAGCCAUAUUUCUGACAGGCAGGGGAAGGACCACUGAUGAUAAUGAUGGCAGGUACACUCAGUUUCUUCUUGGUCUGAGACAAAGCCUGGUCUCCAAUCAACAGGGCCCCCUUUCCAGCUGACCAGUCCAGACCUGUUUAGGUUUGACCAGGGCCAGACCUGGACUGUCAUUUGGAGCUGUAAACCUAUCAGUCUUCAAGUUAACCAAUCCAACAUUAGGGAAGGGGACCCACCAAUAAUGCUUAAAAGGCUCAAGCCUUCCUAGGGGCUUUGGAUUUCAGUUUGAGUCCCCUCUCCACUAGUGGAGGGUCUGUGUGAGUAUAUGUAUGUUUCUUUAAUAAAAUUUGUUGUAUGCUG